UUCCUUUUCCAGAGAGAAGAGAGAAAGGUGUAAGCAGAGUCGAGAUCGAUUUCAAUUCACACGAACAACCGAUCGUCAUGUCAAAGAAACGGGGACUUUCGUUGGAGGAGAAGCGAGAGAAGAUGCUUCAGAUCUUUUACGACUCGCAAGACUUCUUCCUUCUGAAGGAGCUUGAGAAGAUGGGGCCUAAGAAAGGUGUGAUUAGCCAGUCUGUGAAAGAUGUCAUCCAGAGUCUUGUUGAUGAUGAUCUUGUUGCCAAGGACAAGAUUGGUAUCUCUGUUUACUUUUGGAGCCUUCCCAGUUGUGCCGGCAAUCAGCUUAGGAGUGUACGUCAGAAACUUGAAACUGAUCUUCAGGGUAGUGAUAAAAGGCUAGCAGAGCUUGUUGAUCAGUGUGAGGCCUUAAAGAAGGGAAGGGAGGAAUCCGAGGAACGAACAGAGGCAUUGGCGCAACUUAAAGAUAUUGAGAAGAAACAUAAAGAGCUCAAGAAUGAGAUGGUACAGUUUGCUGAUAACGAUCCAGCUACCUUGGAGGCAAUGCGGGCUGCAAUUGAAGUUGCUCACCAGUCGGCUAACAGAUGGACAGAUAACAUCUUCACAUUGCGACAAUGGUGCUCAAACAACUUCCCCCAGGCCAAGGAACAGCUGGAACAUCUAUACACGGAGGCGGGAAUCACGGAAGACUUUGACUACCUAGAGCUAUCUUCAUUCCCUUUGAGCUCAUCCCAUGAUCCCGAAACUCCAAAGCAGCUGCUCGUAGAAGAUCAAGCUUAGUUCUAAUACUCUCCACCAUAACAAGUUAACGACACUAUAUUGUCUUUUAUAAUUUCUGGUUCUAAAGGUUACAACUGUCUAUGUAUGUGACCCCGAUCACCUAAUGUCAAAAACUCGUUCACCACAGUUUUGUGGUUAAAUAAGAUACUUACUGCCUCUGAUGUUUGUGAUGUAUUAUGUCGGCUAUGUCCAAUGUUGGCUUUGUCCUAUCAUUUUG